CAAAAACAUAGAGGCCUGCUGGAAUUAUUAUUUUCUCGAAGAAUUUCUUUUAAAUCUUAUAUGAAUUCUGACCAUGGGAAAACGUUAUCACUGCGAAUUUUGUGACAAAUCGUUCCGGAACAAUGCGGCGUCCAUUAAAAAACACCAGAGCUCCCUGUACCACGAAAGAGCGCGACAGGAACACUACGCGCAGUUCAAAGAUCCUGAGGUGAUUUUGCGGGAAGAAAGCCAGAAGAAAUCUUGCACAAGAUUUAUGUCGGGAGAGUGCCAGUUUGGCGUGUUGUGUCGAUUUAGCCACUACAGUCCAGCUCAGCUGCACGCCAUGCAAAUCCAAGUGUUUGAGGAGAAGAGAAGAAAGAAUGAGGAGCCGUCUUUGGCGUCUUGGCUGCAGAAGCGGUCAACCAAACAGGUGUCCAAGCCCGAAAAUGACGUUUCCAGCGUGGUGUUUGCUCCUCCGACGUCCAUAAGCUGCAUUCCUAAUUUGCCCCCUUCCCUGCAGCCUGUUUUAAUUAAAGACUUCGCUAACUACCAGCCACAAUCGUGGGGGUCAUAAUAAAUCUUGGGCAUCCGACUGUGUUCUUCAAAAUAAUGAAAUUUUAAAAAAUACGAAAAAAUAUAAUUCCAAAAUCUAGAGUGUAUUUUAUUCUAACUGAAAAGCCUGCAUUCAAAAUCAUCAUCCAUGCGUACAGCAACAAAAUAUAAUAAUCAUAAGCGAUAUAAAAUUCGAGUUGCAGCUUUUCCAGUAUCAGAUCAGCUAAGGAGUACAUUUGAGUUCGAAAGCCUACGAGUAAAAAAGAAACGCCAGUCACACAUCCAGACGGUCCGCCAGAGGAGUUGCAAAUAAAUACAAAAGCUGCAGAGAAACAAAAAGGCUGAGAUAGUUGGUUCGAGUUCAAAUCACCCACCGAUGCGUCAGUUUAAUAAAUAAUUUUAUUUGUGAAGGCUUGUCUUGAUUUCUUUUUUCUUCAAAGAGUCGCACACUUAACGCGAUACAAAGCCGAUAAUUAUUUUUAAUCCGUGUUUGUUUCUUGGGUUGUUUGAAGAUUAAAAUAACAUAAGAAGAGUUGAAUCAAAUCCAGCGGGCCAAGAGAAUCGUAAGAAUAAUUAUAUCAAACU